CGCGGCCGCACGAUUGCACCGUAACCACGAGUAGCGAAGAAGGAAAAAGUAUUCCGAAUUUGUUGAGUAGAAGGAAGCGUAGAAGUAGGAAAGGAAGGACGAGAAGUAGUAGUAGUAUUUUGGAAUCGUUCAGUGGUUUGUCGGGUUUUCAAGGAAAUAGUAAAAGAGUGGAUGAGGUGGCCGCUUCGCACGGAUCAGUUUGCCAUCCAUUUGAACAAUUCCUUGCUCAUUCACGCCCUGCUGUAGUCAUUGUAGCGCAGAGUUUAGGUCUAGGAUUCUGUACCACUGUUUUUGAGAGGUUCGUUUAUCUAUUUGUGUUUAUUUUCGAGAAUUAGAGAGCAAAUUCGUGGUUAGGGUUGGUUUGCGUUAACGUCAUGUCUGACUGACGCUUGAAAGAGCAGCGUCUAUUAGUGAGAAUGCCGCUUGAGAGCGAUCAUUAGAUAUGCAUCGGAGUAUCUGAGUCUUUCUUGAGGUGUUGGGAAGUUUCUGCAUGCUGAAGUUGUUGUGGCGGAUGGGUUAAACGUUGGCUCUCUGUUGUUCCGGGUUCUUGAGUUUCUAGAGGUUUUGUGGAGCCACGGGUAAAGAAGAGGGAGGGACUGUGAAGUGGCAAGAUGUGGUACUUGUGCUACUUCUUGCACAGGCUGCUAGACUACAGGUUACCAGAAAUCGAGGCUCUAGCAAAAUUGCAUGGAUACUCUGAUGGAGAUAAGGUGGGGCAAGGGUUGCAAUGGAAACAAGCUCCUGAUCAUCAUCCCGAUUCUCCUUUCUAUUAUGUGAAUCUCCCUAAUGAGGGAAUCGCACGUAAAGUUGCCACACAAAGCCUGCUGUUGAAAGGAAUGUAUGAGGUGUGGGGAGAAGGAUGUACUCAUGAGGAACUGAAAGAAGCCGUGGAGCAUUAUCCAGAAGAGUAUAAGGCGCCGUACUUGGCUGAAGAUACGACGUUUAAAAUAGUCAUUGAUUGCUUUGGCAAAAUCUUGACAUUUAAUGAGCAGAGCGCUCGCAUCGAGAGUGUUAGUUAUGUGCCUUUCAAGGGUCAAGUGCAGCUGAAAAAGCCACAGUAUAAGUUCUGGCUCAUAGACAUUGAUGGAAAAGCGCAGCAAAAUGGUCUGCCUCCUUUGGCGGCUAAGCGCAUGUAUUUUGCGCGUGAAAUUGGAUGCUCGGAUCGCUCCGUUGUUGCAAAGUACGAGUUAAGUAGGCGAAAAUACCUAGGACCCACAGCUAUGGAUGCCGAGAUCGCUCUUUUGAUGGCACAUCAGGCUUUGGUGAAGCCGGGGAAGCUUGUGUAUGAUCCAUUUGUCGGGACAGGAAGUAUUCUCGUGGCUGCUGCACAUUACGGAGCGUUCACCAUGGGAGCAGAUAUUGACAUUCGAGUAGUGCGGGAUGGAAAAGGUCCAAAUUGCAAUGUUUGGAGCAAUUUUAAACAGUACAACUUGGGAGAACCCUUGGGUCUCAUUCGUGCCGACAACAACUCUCCUCCUUGGCGGUCUGAUGUCUGUGAGAUAUUUGAUGCCAUUAUCUGUGAUCCUCCAUAUGGUGUUCGAGCGGGUGGUCGAAAGUCUGGGGGCCGGAAGAUGCUUAACGGAAAACGAGAUGCCUAUGUGAUCCCUGAGGAAAUGAGAAAAGACCACAUACCUUCAACUGCCCCCUAUACUCUAGUGGAAUGUGUACACGAUCUUUUCGACAUGGCAGCCAGGCUAUUGGUCAUGGGUGGUAGGUUGGUGUAUUUCUUCCCCGCUGCCAGAGAGGACUGCUCCGAGUCUCAUUUUCCUAAGCAUCCCUGUUUUACUCUAAUUGCUAAUAGUGAGCAAAUCCUGAGUACAAGAUGGUCACGGUGCUUGAUAACCAUGGAAAAGUCGGCCAAGUACACAGAAGAAAUGGCCAUGGAGGCGCAUCAAAAGCACCUCGAUUUCAAAGAUAAUCAUACGCAGUUGCUGGAAGAGACUAGAGAGAAAGGCAGCUUGCAUAGUCUUGUAUUUGGGCCAACAGAGGCAUUGGUUGGGGAAUCUCAGAACUUACUAGCUGCAUCGGUUGGCAUCAAUCAAUUGCCACCAGAGGUUAGAGCAAAGUACAGAGGAAAGUAUGUCUGAAUCAAGUAUAUGGUACACAACAAUACGCAGUGCAGUUUAGUUUCAUUUCGGGUAAAUACUUCGCAGCGUUAACUUCAACAAUUCUGCUGGCUUGCUUUAGUGCACUGAUUGAUAAUGAAGUUUACAAGGCAUCAUGUGUUUCAAGGAU